UUUUCAUCGACCCAUUCUUUGCAUGUCAUAUGGGGAUACAAUUUUAUUUUAAGUUUUAACAUUAAAAAUGCUUCUUUUUGGAAUAAUAUGGAUAUUUCUACUAGAAAACACAUUGUGUUUUGUAAAUUCAGAUACUAUAGCUGUAACAGAUAUCACACCACAAUAUUGCGCAGAUACCUCGGAGGAGGAUUGUUCUAAAAUCGAUUGUAGCUGGUCAGAGGCGAAGAAAUUUUGUCCAAAGAAAUGUGGAGAAUGUCGUAUUUGUGAGGAUACAAAGAAAGACUGCACGUUUUUGAAAGAAAAUAAUUUAUGUAGAUCCCACCAAUUUCUACAGAUAGCAGCCGAUACCUGUCCAGGAAGCUGUAACUUUUGUGUUCCGUGCAUCGAUACACAAGACCCGCAAAUAUGCCUCGGACUAUCGAGAUACUGUAACAACCAAAUUAACGUUGCGGAUGCAUGUAAAAAAACAUGUAACAAAUGCAAAGCAUACAAUAUGACAGAAAUCAUUGAAAAGUUUGGAGGUAACCAAAUACAAACAACUAGCAUGAAAAAUUUAUCAGCAUCAACAACGACGUCAUCAACAACGACGUCAUCAACAACGUUUUCAACAGCGUCAAGCUCAACAGCCACAGCCCUUGUAUCAAGAGACUGUGAUAAGUUUGGUGUCAUAAGUAGUGUAGCAAAAGGGAAUUCGGUGUCCUACACUGGUACCUCUACCUGUCCUGACGGUGUUCACCAGCCAAGCGAGGCACUCGUACAAAAGUACUGCGGCGCUCCUAAUACUUCAAGCUGGAUUGACGGGGAUAAGGUGGUCAAGAACUGUCAGAAUGUUCCUCACUAUACGGCGAUAGCUGCUGUGACAUUUGGAGGUCCUUCUGUAGCUGGAGUUUUCAUAAAGUGCGAGUCCGGUGGAUUCCAGGUAGCAAUACAAACAUGCCAAUCACAGCUGCAACUUUACCAUGUGUCCACUAAUGCCACGGCAAACAUUCCAACUUCUGAUAAAUUUGCUCUAAUAAAUUGGAAAAACUAAAAUAUGUUGUCUAUAUUAAAUAGAGCUGGUGAGCAGAAAACAUUAAACGUCUUCUCAUUAACAAAUGUUUCCAUUAUAGCUAUACUUUCAGUUUCAACAAAUGUCAAGGUCACUAAGGUUCGAUGUCAUAUUUGAAAUAUUCAUCAUGUCAAUUUUGUCAUAGGAAUUUUUUGUCCGAGAAUGAAUCAAUUUUACAAAUUAAUAACACAAAAUUUCAGCAAAAUAUAAUUAUUCGAUCCUGUGGUCAAAGUCAUUUAAAUGAGAAAAGUUUUUUUUUGGUUAUUGUUCUGAAGGAAGUAUGAAGACAAUCUGUUAUUAAAAGUUAAUGAUU